AUGGGAUCACCGACAAAAUGGAACGAUAAUGACAAAUCCGAACAUUUAAAUGUAGAAUUUAAUGGUCUUAGAGAGAAUCUGAGGGCUCGAAAAGUAAAAUUAAAUUGUCCUGAUUUAGAGAGAAUAAGAUUCGAUUUUUUUUGGAAUAAAUUUUUACGUGAAUCAAUUAUCAUUGUGGAGGAGGAAUUGGAAAGAAUAUUUUAUGAAUUAUGGGAAGAACUGGAAAUUGUAGAAAAGAUUGAGAUUAAGCCAUUGUUGAAUUUUGAAUUUGAGGAGAGAGGUGUUCUAUUAUUUUUGAAAUCAAAGAGCAAUGAAAUUACAUCAGUUAUAAAGGAUUUGGAAAGACAUGAAGAAGAACAAAUGAAGAAAUUAAAGAAAGAAUUGAGGAUUUUUUUUGUCGGAAAUAAG